AUGAAAAUUUUAAUAGUUAAUGGAUAUGGAAAAUGUGUAAAAGGAUUCAGAAGUUCAGAACAUUAUAAAUAAAUAAUAAAAGAAGUAAUGCUAUGAACCAAUUUAACUAUAGGUAUUAACAGGCAAAAAAGAAAUGAUCGAUACAGAAUUAGAAUUCUUCUUUGCUGAUCGUGAUUCAAUUGAUGACUUUCUUUAUGAAAUAGACAGUUCUUUUGUGAGAGUUGAAUGUGGAAAGAUGUUUGAUUCAAUAGAUCUAAUAUUCUUUGAAGGAGAUGCAAAUCUUAGACCUUGGUCUCCUAAUGCUUACAAGUACUUGAUUUUAUUAAGGAUGUGUAUGAGAAGUAAUAAGAUUCUAUUUGCUUCAUCAUUUGCAAUGUAAGGCUUAGUCUUUUUGAUUGCAUCUAAUGUCGAAUGUGUACAAACUUACUCUACUUUAGUAAUUCUCAGUUAUAAAUGGACUAAAUGGUGGAUAAUUGGGAGAUCUCUCUAAAAUCAAGAAAUCUCUUAAUGAAAUAAGAAUGAAUGAUUUCUUUCUUGAUAAUGUAACAGGUGAUUUAUACAGUUUUAAUUAUGAUACUGGAGAAUGGGUAAGCAAAGGAAAUGCUGGAUUACAUAGUAGAAGAGCAGCUGAAGAAUUUAAAACUAUAGGCAAAUAUAUUGUUAAGGCUCCAUAAUAUAAAGUAUCUAGAAUGAAAGAAAUUGAUUAACUUUAUGUUUCAAAAGAAAAUGAGAUAGUGUGUAAUUUGAGAAAGAAUUCUAUGCAUAACUAUCUAUUUAAUGGUUUGCCUUUUGAAUUUGUGGUUCCAUUUAAGAAUUCAUGGGAUGUUCAUCCAUUUAAUUUUGUCAACCCAAAGAAGACAUUUUAAACAAUGGCUGAUUGUGAAAAAGGUACUCCAUCUUUCUUUACUGAUAGGACCCCUUGUGAUUUAAGUUACAGACAAUAUUGUAGCGACUUAAUUCUCUAUACGUUCUAAGUAUAAGGAAACAGUUCAAAUAAUGCGUAAUUUUAUGGGAUAUUAAUUAAGUAUUAUAAUAUUUUAUUGUAGCCAAAUUAUGUUCUGGUAGAGCACAAACAAUCCCUAUUGAAAUAGCAUCAAUUAAAUAGAAUGAUAAUGCAAUGGAUAUUUAUUUAGAACAUUUAGGUCGUAGUAAAUAUCAUAACUAAAAAACCAUUAAAUUUAAUGUUAUUACAGAAUUUCAUCAUGCAGGAUUUGCAGCUAAGAAAUCUAAUCAAUUAGAUGUUGUAGUCAAUAAUGCAAUUGGAAAAAGAAAAUUUAAAUAAACAAUUUAAAAAUUAAAUCCAAAAGAUUUGGACAGAUUAUUAGAUUAAGUAUAAAUUAAAAAUUAUUAUUUUUUUUUAGAAUUCUUCUCUGCCAUAUUAACCUCUUUAAAAUGAUUAAGAUCGUUAGCAUAGUAUAUAUAGUUCUUAACCACAAUAUAAUGUUGAGGAAUAACCUUUGGUUUUUAAUAAGACAGGUGCAGAGAUUAUUUAAUUUCUCCAUCCAUCUAUUGAUAAAUCUUUAUUUCAUGAAUCAAAACCACUUUGGGUUCCUGGUUAUUUGUCUCAAAGUAGAUUACAAAAAAGUUAAUUGUAAUAGAAAUAGAAUACCACAGGUGAAGAGGGUUUAUCUACACCUUUUUUGACAGAAUAAAAAUAGAUUACUACUCCGAGGAUACCAAGGACUACUUCAUAACAACAUUUUAGAGUGAUUUAAAAAGAUAAAUGGAUAACAAAUAAGAAUUUUAAAGUUUGA